AUGGAGGACGCCCAGCUCCUCCUCUGUGGUGUUCUCGUCCUCCUUGUAAGCCACUCGCUUGCCAAUGUCAAUGGUGACUCCGACGUCUCCACCAGCAGCAGCACGAAGACCUACAUCGUGUUCAUGGACCCGUCGAGCAUGCCGGCGGCGCACCCGUCCCCGGCACAUUGGCACGCCGCGCACCUACAGUCCCUGUCCAUCGACCCGGCGCGCAGCCUUCUCUACUCCUACUCCUCAGCUGCCCACGGCUUCGCGGCGGCGCUGCUCCCGCACCAUCUGCCGCUCCUCCGUGGUAGCCCCGGAGUGCUGCAGGUCGUGCCGGACACACUGUUCCAGCUCCACACCACGCGCACCCCUGAGUUCUUGGGGCUGCUCUCCCCGGCUUACCAGCCGGCCAUCCACAACCUGGACGCGGCCUCGCACGACGUGGUCAUAGGGGUUCUUGAUACCGGCAUCUGGCCGGAUUCGCCGAGUCUCGCGGACGGCGACCUACCGCCGCCGCCCGCGCAUUGGAAGGGGGUGUGCGAGGCUGGCGUAGACUUCCCGCCGAGCUCGUGCGGGAGGAAGCUGGUGGGCGCACGGAGCUUUUCGCGGGGCUUCCGCGCCGCGACCGCCGGCCGCGGGAGAAUGGGUGCCGGGAGGCGGUCGGCGCGAGACAGGGACGGGCAUGGGACGCACACGGCGACCACUGCGGCAGGCGCGGCGGUGGCGAACGCGAGCCUCUUUGGGUACGCCACGGGCACGGCACGCGGAAUGGCGCCCGGGGUACGCGUAGCGGCGUACAAGGUGUGCUGGCCGGAGGGGUGCCUCGGCUCUGACAUCCUUGCGGGCAUCGACGCCGCCGUGGCCGACGGGGUGGGCGUGCUGUCCCUGUCCCUCGGCGGCGGCGCCGCGCCCUACUUCCGGGACACCGUGGCGGUGGGCGCCUUCGGUGCUACGGCGGCUGGCGUGUUCGUGGCCUGCUCGGCGGGCAACUCUGGCCCGUCCGGCGCCACGGUCGCCAACUCCGCGCCGUGGGUCGCCACCGUCGGCGCGGGCACGCUGGACCGCGACUUCCCGGCGUACGUCACGCUCCCGACCGGGGCGCGUCUGGCCGGCGUGUCCCUCUACGCAGGUCCCGCCCAGUCCGCCCGCCCCGUCAUGCUCCCUCUCGUUUACGGCGGCAGCGGCGACAAUGCGAGCAAGCUCUGUCUCUCGGGCACGCUGGACCCGGCCUCCGUGCGCGGCAAGAUUGUGCUCUGCGACCGCGGCGUCAACGCGCGUGUGGAGAAGGGCGCCGUCGUGAAGGCCGCUGGCGGCGCCGGGAUGGUGCUGGCCAACACGGCGGCGAGCGGGGAGGAGCUCGUCGCGGACAGCCACCUACUCCCGGCCGUGGCGGUGGGGAAGCUGACCGGUGACAAGAUACGGGACUACGCCGCGCGCGGUGGCAAGCCGAUGGCAAUGCUAAGUUUCGGCGGCACCAUUCUUGGCGUCCGGCCGUCGCCCGUCGUGGCGGCAUUCAGCUCUCGCGGGCCGAACACCGUCGUGCCCGACGUCCUAAAGCCGGACAUGAUUGGUCCGGGGGUGAACAUUCUGGCAGGGUGGACCGGCGUCGCGGGGCCCACCGGGCUCGCCAAAGACGGCCGCCGGACUCGCUUCAACAUCAUCUCCGGGACAUCGAUGUCUUGCCCUCACAUUAGUGGAGUUGCUGCACUCCUCAAAGCCGCACACCCUAACUGGAGCCCUGCCGCCAUCAAGUCGGCACUGAUGACCACCUCAUACAUUGUCGACAACACAAACUCCUCCCUUCGGGAUGCUGCAGGAAGCUUACCUGCAACCCCAUUUGCUUUCGGUGCGGGCCAUGUCAACCCACAGAAAGCGCUCUCUCCGGGCCUUGUAUAUGACAUCUCUACCAACGACUAUGUUGUCUUCCUCUGCUCUCUGGACUACAGUGAGACACAUAUCCGAGUAAUAACCAAGAUGUCCAACAUCUCAUGUCCACGAAAAUCCCGUCCAGGUGAUCUCAACUAUCCAUCAUUUUCAGUCGUUUUCAAGAAGAAACCAAAGCACGUUAUGAGGUAUAGGAGGGAGCUAACCAAUGUUGGUCCAGCAAUGUCGGUUUACAAUGUGAAGGUCAGCAGCCCUGCAUCUGUUAGUGUUACAGUUACACCAUCAAAACUUUUAUUCAAGAAGGUGGGGCAAAAGCAGAGGUACUACGUCACCUUUGAAUCGAAGGCUAGCCCAAGCCACGCAAAACCAGAUUUUGGUUGGAUAUCAUGGGUGGGUAAUGAACAUGUCGUUCGCAGUCCUGUCGCGUAUACAUGGAAGAUGUGAGGACAGCAAGUUCAAGUCUUCAUGAUGUUUUAGUCAUGUUCAGGAGAAGAUGAAAGAUAGAUAGCUUGAUGUAAUUUGCCGAUGGCUUCACAAAGAGAAUCUGCGUGAAGCUCCCAACUGCAAACCUUGAGUUCUUUCUUCCUAGUGCCGGUCACUCACCGAACUUCACUUUCCCUUUAGUUACUAGUUGCCUGGCGAGAAGCUCGUGUGCUAAUAACAUGUGAGGUUUCUAUUUCUUUUUUCUAGUUGAUGCCUGGAAGCACCCGAACUGAAAUGGGUCGAUUGUUUGAUUGAAAUGUGUAAUUUAUGCCCAUCCUGGUGCUCGUGAACUAAUGCAGAAUAACAUGAUUUGAUUUGAUUUCUCUGGUUA